UGAAGUCUAACAUUCAUUUUAUUUCUCUUCAGAAAUACAGAUUCAUUCUAACUGUGGAAUUCAGAAACUAUCUACAAAGUUGUACGUGUUUGUCUAAGCAGUUCCAGCUAUGUUGAGGUGUUUGCACAACUGAGAUAUUAUUAGUGGGCACAAAACCUAAGCUAGUGAUGGCAUCACUUGAUAAAGAUUAUCCAUGGUCCCAAGGAGACAUUCUGAAGUUACUGGAAUGCAUUAAGAAAAAUAUCCCCUCAGAUGACUCCAGAUCAUUCAAAAAAACCCAGGAAGACCUAGACUGGGGCAAAGUGGCUUUUAAACAUUACUCAGGAAAAAUGUGCAAACAAAAGUGGAUGCAACUUUCUCAUACUUUGAGGAAGUUCCGCACACUGUCAGAAUUAGUGGUAGAAGCCAGUGAACAUAUGAAACAACAGCCCAAAAGGAAGAACCAUCCUGACUUCCCCAAAAGACCCCUGACUGCCUAUCUGCACUUCUACAAGGAGCAGCGGGCUAAGUACUCUCGGCGCUAUCCUGAAUACAACAACUCGCAGCUGGCCAAACUCCUGGCUGAGAAAUACAAUCAGCUGCCAGGGGAGGUCAAGGAGAAAUAUAUUCAGGACUUCCAGAAAGAGAAACGGGACUUUGAAGAAAAAGUGACUAAAUUCAAGAGAAGCCAUCCUGAUGUAGAGCAUAGUAAGAAUUCUGUGGUGCGCAGGAGCCAGGAAACCAAAGUCCCUAAGAAAUCACAAGGAGGUAUGGAAAACGUGAAGACUCCUCCAAAAACAGAUCUUCCCAAAACAUUACCCUCGGUGAUGAAAUUUCAGGGAGAACCCAAGAAACCCCCUAUGAAUGGAUACCACAAAUUUCACCAAGAUAUGUGGUCAAGUCAGGAGCUGCGCCAUCUACCCUCGAGGGAGCGCUGGGUUGAGAUUAGCAGAAGAUGGCACAAAGUCCCAAAGAGCCAGAAAGAGCAUUAUAACAGCCAGGCUGAGGAGCUACAGAAACAAUACCAGGUGGACAUGGACCUCUGGCUCAAUGGAUUGUCAUCUGAGGAGUACACCGCCUACAGAGAGGCAAAGGCCACCUAUGGUAAGCGAAAGAACUUGGCCAUGUCUGGAGGCAGAAGCCCCAAGCGUGGACGGACAGAUCAGCAGUCCGCUUCAGCAGAGGAGCAGCAAAAAGGGCCUGGGGAAAUGCAAGGGCUGCUGGCUCCUGGAACAGAUUCCUCAGAGACUGUUCAGGGCGCUGAUGGUGGCUCCCAGGUAUCCAGGCAGAAUAUGAUGGAAGAUGGAGAAGAGGAAGACUCUGGCAGCUCCCCUGAAGACUCCAGCAGCUCCUCCGAGGACUCCAGCAGCUCCUCCGAGGACUCUAGCAGCUCCUUGGAGGACUCUAGCAGUACAGAUGAACGUGAAGAUGAAGAUGAAGAUGGCUGCGAGGAAAUUGAGACUAUGAUUAUUGAGAGUUAUCAAUGA